CAUUGAUGCAACAAAAGAAGAUGGAAGACUAUGUAGACUCGUCAACCAUGGAACGAAAACAGAAAUAAAUUGCAAAAUGAAACUUUAUAGGGAUUGCCUUUGCCUUUUUGCUACAAGAGACAUGAAGCAGGGAGAAGAACUUUUGUAUGAUUAUGGCCUAAACUCAUACCCAUGGAAAUCCAAUUUAAAUUCAAGGGGCAAAAGUUCAGAUCAAAAGGAUGAUACAAAGGAAGAAUGUGGUCCUGCAAUGGUAGACAGUGAUCGUGCUGAUGAAAGGUCCCAGGGUGUUUGCGAGAAAACAUUGGGAGGUGAAGAGGAUUCUAAAGAGGAUGACUGUGGUCCUGCAAUGAUUUGUAGUGAUCAUUCUGAUGAAAGGUGUUCCCUUGAUAUUUUAGAGAAAACAGUGGGAGGUCAAGAGGAUGUUAUCAUGGAAGACUGUGGUCUUCAAGAGGAUGAUACAAAGGAAGAAUGUGGUCCUGCAAUGGUAGACAGUGAUCGUGCUGAUGAAAGGUGUUCCCCUGGUGUUUCAGAGAAAAAGGGGAGAGGUCAAGAGGAUGUUAUCAUGGAAGACUGUGGUCUUCAAGAGGAUGAUACAAAGGAAGACUGUGGUCCUGCAAUGGUAGACAGUGAUCGUGUUGAUGAAAGGUGUUCCCCUGGUGUUUCAGAGAAAAAGGGGGGAGGUCACUGUUCCUGCAUAGAGGAAGAGGACAAUGGAAUUAGUCUUCAAGGAAACAUCCCUCAUAUCACAGUGUCUGGCAAGUCCACUCUAACAGAGAAGGUACAAGCAGAAAUGGUGGACGACAUCAUUGGUCAAAGGAUGAGAAAAAUGCCAUUGAGCGCCAGUUUUCUGAAUAUUUCAAAUCUGGACAUACACCUGGUCGAUUAGCAUGCUUAAAUGCAAUUGCAAAAGAACCAAUACUCUCAAAACAUGACUGGUCCAAGAUAAAGCAUACUGUUAGAAAUAUGAUCAUUUCACAAAAAAGGAAACUAUACAAGGCUUAAAUAUUUCAUAUCUUAUUUCAUUAUUGUAUGUUAAAAUUAAAGAAGACAUGGGAAAAGGAGGGCAUUAUUCCUUGUCUCCUACAUUUCUUAGCCUGUAUACAUGUUUGUUUGGUUGUUUAUAUAUUUGUUAGUUUGUUUGUUUUUGGUUACGAUUUAAUGUAUUUAUCUGCUUAUAUAUGUAAUAUGAUCAAACAGUAAAACUUAAAAUUCUAAUUGUUCUAAUUGGCUAAUUGCAAUCCAGUGAAACCAAUGAGAAGAAAGUUAUACAUGUAUGAUGAUCUUAAUGUUGAAACUGAGCUUUGGAAAAUUGACAUAUCUAUUGUUUAUUUUUUAUCAGUUGUUUUCAGAUUCAAUGCAGAUAGAUAUAAAUUAAAGUCUGAUAAUUUCAACUAGCCUAUAGAUUUUACUUUGUAAUCAAUAUUGCAUGAAAAAUCAUACAUGAACUUAAAGCAUGAAAAUAGAGUUUAUAUUAGUGAUUAUGUCAUUCUUUUCUUGUCUAGGCCCUGUACAUAUUUUUGUUUUUCUAUUAAAUGAACAUAGAAUUUAUGUACAUGUAUCUCUUUUGAUAGAUCAUAACAAUAUGAAUAUUUUAUCUACAUGUAGAUUCUGAUAUGAAAUUGAUAUUCAGAUUUAUAAUUAUUAAAAUAUUAACAUGAAAAUGAUCUUGCACAAGUACGUACUCUAGGUUUUUGUUGUUGUUUUUUAUCUGCAUGGUCAUUGUUGAU